CGCGUCGCUGAAGGCUUCUGCAUUUUGAGCGCUACAGUAUUUAAGGAUUGUCAAAUGUUCAACCAAUUGUCACCUUUUGUUUUCUAAAUAUUCUGAAUAUAAUGUAGAUUAUUGUCGUAGUAUUCGCCUAAUGUGGAGUGAUGAUUUAUAUAAGUAAAGCGAACAUUGGGAGCACUGGAAAAGAAAAAAAUACGGGACAAAAAAACUGAAUAUGGAGAUUAUUAAGGAGGAGAAUGAAGACUCGAGUUAUCCAGAACUAAGCAGCAUACAAAGUGAAUACACCGAGGAAAAAACAGACCUGAUAGAAGACCUGAAAACAGAAAACCUGAAUGAAGCGGAGGAGAUGCAUCAGUUUGAGACGCCUCAUCAUUUCCUAACUGGAGAAAAAUCAUUGACUUCUUCACAGACUGUAGACAAUUCCUCACAAACUAGAACUGAAAGUUUUGUAUUCAGCCAUGUAUUUACCUGUCCUCAAUGUGGAAAAAGCUUCAAACAUAAAGGGAGUCUUAGGGAACACAUAAAAAUUCAUAUGGGAGAGAUGCUUUUCGCGUGCCACGAGUGCGGAAAGACUUUCGUUCAUAAAGGACGCUUAAAAGAUCACAGAAGAAGCCACACUGGGCCGAAACGUUUUAUAUGCAAACUGUGUGAGAAAAGUUUUACGCGUAAAGAAAGCUUAAAUGAACACAUAAGAAUUCACACUGGAGAAAAGCCUUACACGUGCAUUCAGUGUGGAAAGAGUUUUGCACACAAAGGAUACCUUAAGAAACACAUAAGAUUUCAUGCCGGAGAGAAGCCCUUCAAAUGUCCUCAGUGUGAAAAGAGUUUCACACAUAAGCAAAGCCUCGAGUGUCAUAUGAGAAUUCACGCUGGAGAAAAGCCCUUCGCGUGCUAUCAGUGUGGGAAGGGUUUUGCCUAUAAAGGAAACCUAAAGAUCCACGAACGAAUUCACACAGAAGAAAAUCCUUAUACGUGCCCUCAAUGUGAAAAGAGUUUCACGCAUAAAGAAAAUCUUCUGGUUCACAUGAGAAUGCACACUGGCGAAAAGCCCUUCACGUGCCGUCAGUGUGGAAAGGGUUUUGCUCGUAAAGUCUGUUUUCAGGCUCAUGCAAAAACUCACACUGGAGAGAAGCCUUUCUCGUGCCAUCAUUGUCAAAAGAACUUCAGAGACAAGGGAUACCUGAAGCGUCACAUGAGAAUUCACACCGGAGAGAAGCCUUUCACUUGCCCUCAGUGUGGAAAAAGCUUCACGCAUAAAGGAAACCUUACUAUGCACAUCAGAAUUCACACUGGAGAGAAGCCUUCUUUAUGUCCCCAUUGUGGAAAAAGUUUCACACGUGAAGCAUACCUCAAUGACCACAUGCGAAUUCACACCGGCGAGAAGCCGUUUACGUGCCCUCAAUGUGGAAAGGGUUUCGCACAUAAAGGAAACCUUAAAAAUCAUGUGAGAACUCACAGUAUGGAGAACAGUGUGACAUGCCUUUCAAAUGACAGCGGUGCGGGAAGUGUUUCACAGGUUACAGAAGUCUAAAAACUUGCAUGAAUCUUCAUUCUUGAGCGAAAUGGCCAUCAUGCCUGAAAGCUGUAACUCACCAAAACCCCUUUCGCACAGUCUAGAGCUGAUUCCAUUAACUCUUUCCCCACCAACUCGUCAAUUAAAAGAAAGCGCUUCCCUGACCAUGGGUUCACACCAGCCGCGUUUAAAGCGUCAAAAUCGCGUCUACCGCGUCUAGUUUGCCGCUUGAACAUUUUGAGUUUACUCGCUUCAUUCACGAGUGAAAUUUAACUGUGGGUUUACACCAGACGCGAGUUCAACGAUUUGCAUACAUACAUUUACAUACAAAGUAAAUGCAAAGACGCGAUCAGAUAUGGGCGGUGUGUUUACCGUGAAAACAAGCGGUAUUCGCCUCAAACGCGUCUUCGCCCAAGUUGAAAAUAUUCAACUCAAACGAAAAAUUCACAUAUGCACGAAGUUAAAUCCUGCGAUAAAUCUAGAGCAAGUAACGCGAUGCCCCACGUUUGGUUUGUAUGUAGCAUUAGUCAUCGAGACAUUCACACAGAAAUUCGCGUCAUGGGAGGGACUUCUGCGACUCUGCUCGCUUUCCGUAAUCACGUCACUGCAAGAGCAAACUCCUGAUUGGUUAACGUGGCAUGUUUUUACACCAAAGUUCAAAUUUUUCAACUAGCGCGUUUGCCGCGGCAACGCUCAACUCGCGCGAACUAGGCGCGCAAAUGAGGCGGAAUCGCGUCUACCGUGCCGCACUUAACGCCGCGAGACCUCCAAAUGCACAUCAGCGCGUUUUCACAUUAACUUAACAUUGAAAUCACUUGCGCUUGACGCCUCUACCACGGCUGGUAUGAACGCAGCAUGACAAUGAAGAGUUUUUCCGACAAUCUGUAUUUCCGCUAUUAUCCACCAGAUGGUGCUCUUACCCAACUUAUACAACCUGGAAGCAACCCCUCACGUCAAACAGUUCAAACUCAGUGUAGGUUUUGAUCAUCACUUUGAAUUUGAUUUCUAUCAGAAGUCUUUCGCAAAAAUGCAAUUAUCUCAGAGCAAAAUUAGAACAGGAGUACUAUGUCAACCUUUACAGUAGAUUCAAUGUAUGAAUUAUGUGUGAUGUGUUUCAUAUUGUAACUUAAUCCUGUGCAUGUGUUGUGUAUAUGACCCUUUGAAUAUUAAUAAUGAAAGUGUUUCUUCUUCAGUGAGCUUAUUCAAUCGAUUACAGCUCUGUUCAAGCGUUUACACACUGAAAGAAAGUGUGGGAUGUGUACUAUUCUUUAUAAAGCAAGAGAGAUCAGGCAAAAAACAAAUAUUUAUAUGGGAUUUCAAUAAAAAUAUAUGGCAUCACAGAAUAAAGAAAAAUGGUCCUUUGUUUUGCAUGAUUUUGCAUGAUGUUUGAUAUUUCAUGACAGAAUCUGACUGCCAGUUUUUUUGUUUUGUUUUUUAAUAAAAUGCGCCAAUUUCAAUAUUUCUUAUGCACCAAUUCAAUAUUUGCACAGACAGACAAAGACUGAAAAGUACAUGACCAACAGUGUUUAUUUGCUUGUUAACAGGCUUAACUGGCCUUAAAAAAUGAUUGACCUGUAUAAAACGUACCCUUUAUAAUGGUACUGUAUGGCCGUUUCUCAAUCCGGAGGUUGCAGUCUUGUAUAAAACGGCCUAUAUCUGGCUAAUGCCCUGCUAAAGAUGCCAUUUCUGCAUCUUUGCUCCCCCGCUGGUAACCUUUGCAAAUGCAGGUAAGAUCAAUGGUAGCAAAAAAAUGGGAAAAUAGAGCAAAGUAAACGAUGACACGAGUUAUCAUCUCCAAUUUAAAUCUCUUUUCUUGGACUACAUCAAACACGGAUUGUAUGCAACAGUUUACUUCAUGGGAUUCGUGAUGUAGAGAAGACCGACAUUAUCAUAAUUCCUCUCGCUUGGACUCACAGCAGGUAAAUUAACUUCUGUAACUUCACAUUCCAGCUGACGUCAGAGGUAUUCAGGCCAAUCACAACAUACAGAUUAGCUGGCCAAUCAGGAACACAGCUUUUCAAAUCCAUACAUUUCAGGAAGACAGUGAAAUCUGGAGCUACAAAAAUUUACGGUAUGUUGAAAAUAAUGUGUUUUUUAACCAAAAACCACGAAAACACAUUGUAUUAUACCAAAUAAACAAAAUAAUGUUGUUUGUUAGCAAUGAAAUAGGUGCUCUUUAAGUUUUUCUCUAUUUCAUUUUUACAAUGUAGUUUUAAUAAGUAAAAAGAAACUAAAUAUAGAAAGUGUAUCAAUUCAAUUCCUUCUUCAGAUGAAUCAUUUUCCAGUUUUUACUUUGAACAAGCAUAUGGAAUGAUCGGAAAAUACCCUGAUUAGUUUAUCCACAAUUGUAAUUUGUUUAAAAUCUUUUUUAACUUUUUUAUAGUUUUGGAAAAAUUUAUUAAAACUAUCAAAAAUAUAAAAGCUGAAAUUCUGUUAAAUUUAUUCGACAAACCUAACUUGUUGUGAUGCUGUAAUAAUGACCAAUUAAAUAAUAUUUAUCUUUUAUGAUUUGUUUGAUUAUUUAUUGUGUGUGUAUUUAUUUUAUUUAAUUUUUGUUAUUUUAUGUUUAUUUUUGU